CUGGCAAACGAUUCACCCACCUAUACACCCUCCGCCGCUCCCGACCACCCCAUUCCUCCUAUCCCCUCCCGAUCUUCCUCGUCCCGACCGAACAGCUACGCCGCCGCCGCCGCAAGCAACCUCCCGCCCUCCUCAAAUCCCGUAUCCUUCGUCGACGGUUACCGCAGGUCUGCCCGCGUGAACGGGAGCUUGAAUUCGUCGUCAUCCCGUCGCCGUCGUCGCCGCAGUAGCACCCCCGAGACUUCCGGAGAAACUACCGAGGGUAUAACAGGCGGUCGCCUGGGAGAACGCACGGCAAGCGAGGCCAGUUUUCCAGAUCACUCCAGUAUCCAGUCCCGCACCCUAUCAGAAGGCCGUUCGCCAUCCCCCAAGCGCAGGCGCCUGGCAAAUAUGCGUCCGGAUGGAAUUUCGAGUCUGAAUGGUCCUUCUCAUGCGUCUAACGGCUCCACUGCGUCCCCGUCCCAGAAGGCGGGUCUUUCUCAUGCCUUGAAUGGCCAGGCCUCGUUUAUUGCGUCCAACGGUGAUCUGCACACGAACGGGUCGCAGAAACUACCCCCCGCGUCUUCGACAUAUUUCGGCCAUGAUCGAGAGGAAGUCACCCGGAUUCUGAUCCAGAGUUUGUUCGAGCUGGGGUACAAUGGAUCGGCGUCGAUGCUGAGCAAGGAAAGUGGUUAUCAGCUGGAAAGUGCUGGCGUUGCUACAUUCCGGGGUGCGGUGCUGGAUGGGCGAUGGGCCGAGGCCGAGAAGAUCUUGAUACAUUCGUUUUAUCCAGAUGGAAAUGGGCGGUCGUUAAGUAACGGUCGGGAUUACACACCUGCGAAGGAGCGAUUGGUGCUGGUGGAGGAUGCCGAGCUGAACGAGAUGCUCUUCUACCUCCGACAGCAGAAGUUCCUGGAAAUGCUGGAGAGCCGUGAUCUCGCAGCUGCACUCAUUGUUCUUCGCCACGAACUGACGCCUCUCAACUACGAUAUUGCCCGUCUUCAUGCUCUAUCCAGUCUUCUCAUGUGCCCUCCUGAGCAUCUUCGCGAUCAGGUUGGCUUGAACGGCCCAAUGGCCUUUUCGCGGGAACAACUCUUAUCAGAUCUAUCCAAAUCCAUCUCCCCGUCCGUGAUGAUUCCAGAUAAUCGCCUGGCUAUAUUGCUCAAUCACGUCAAGCAAAAUCAAAUUAACCAAUGCCGAUAUCACAACACCGCAUCUCCCCCGUCAUUGUACUCGGACCAUACGUGCGACCGCAAUGAUUUCCCGCUUCGGACAGGGAUCGAACUGAACCAACACUCCGACGAAGUCUGGUACUGUCAAUUCUCCCAUGAUGGCACGAAGUUAGUCACGGCUGGCCGGGACCAUAGCGUCAUCAUUUACGACACGACAACGUUUGCCGUCAUUCAUAAGUUGAUGGAUCACGACGACGGAGUGGCCCAUGCCAGCUGGAGUCCGGAUGAUACCAAACUCAUCACCUGCUCCCAGGACAAAAAAGCUCGCGUUUGGAACGUUGAG